AUCCUCCAUAUUAUAUCCUUCAUUUUCCCUUAUUUUCGCCUGACAUAAUUUCUAGGUUUUAAUUAGAGAUACACAGUUCAAGUAAUGGCUCAAGCUAUGGCGUCGAUGGCUGGCUUACGUGGCUCUUCUCAAGCCGUCCUGGAAGGGAGCUUCCAAUCCAGCCGCUUGAGCACACCCGGCAGAAUCGCCGUGUCCAGACCAGAGUACUUCACUAUUCGAGCCCAGCAGCAGAGCUCAGCCGAGACCGAGACAAGCCGCCGUACCAUGUUGGGGCUUGUUGCCGCCGGAAUCGCCUCAGGAUCCUUUGUGCAAGCCGUGCUCGCCGACGCCAAGCCGAUCAAGAUCGGAGGACCACCCCCACCCUCCGGUGGACUGCCUGGAACAUUGAACUCGGACGAAGCAAGAGACUUCAAAUUGCCCCUAAAAGAGAGGUUUUAUCUUCAGCCAAAAACACCCAUUGAGGCAGCAGCAAGGGCUAAAGAGUCUGCUAAAGAAAUUGUGGGGGUGAAAACGCUAAUCGAACAGAAGGCGUGGCCUUACGUGCAAAACGAUCUCCGUUCAAAGGCAUCCUACCUCCGUUACGAUCUUAACACCGUUAUCGCUGCCAAGCCCAAGGCAGAAAAGCAAUCUCUUAAAGACCUCACUUCCAAGCUCCUCAAGAACAUCAGCGAUCUGGACCAUGCGGCAAAAAUCAAGAGCUCGGCGGAGGCGGAGAAGUACUACGCUGAAACUGUGUCCACACUGAAUGAAGUUCUGGCCAAGCUUGGUUAGAAAAAAAUAAUGUGUGUUGAAUGAAUGUAACUUUUGCUUUGAGCCAAUGGCAUAUGCUUUCUUAAUUACAUGAAAUUUCAAGAAUUUUUGUUUUGUUCUGUCGUCGGAGACUUGUAUAUUUGAUCUCUAAGGUUGUAAUGAUCCAAUUCAUCUCUAUGCAUGGUUGUAAUGAUCUAUUGAGAUUGCGAAUUAAUAAAGGUUAGAAAUA